ACUGGUAUCAUUCAAACAGCCCUGUAGAUGAUUGUUUUUGCAAGUUGGAAGUCAUUAUCGUGUAAAUUAAAAUAACAGUUUUUUGUGCAUUUUAGACCUUAGUCGUGGCUACGGUUACUCUAAUCUGACUGAACAUUUACCACCAACAAAUAUAAAACUACCAGACAAACGAGAUUGCAAUUAUAACGUUUAAAGGGUUAAAAACGUGGACGUGUUGCCAGACAAAACCUGAUAACAGUGACAUCAAGACUCUUAUUUCUCCUCGACGGAGAGAGUGAGAUUUCAAAGGUAGAUCUUUGGUCUGACUCUGUGCACGGAUGCGCACCGACCUUGGAGUCUCCAGACGCGCAGCGGAGGAUUUUGCGCACUGAAAUAAAGUAGGCUAGAGCUGAAGAGAGCGCACAGCGAGCGGACUGCUGUCUGACUGACUGCAGUCCUGUCAAUGGGGUCCGGGCUCACUUGGCUAUACUUUACCCUGCGCAUCGUCAUUCUAUUGAUACCAUUGCUCGGGAAGUGUAGGGAGUAUAGGGAUUAGUCUUCAGUUUAUUUCGGUUUGGCUUGAUUCGCAACUUAGAGGACUGUUAUUUCAACUGAGCCCCUGUAGCCGUUUCACAUUGUUUGUAGAGACAUCCAAGUGUCCCAGCUGCUCAGGGAAAUUUCACUCAGCAUCCCAAGAAGCGGAGACGUUUGAGAGGAUUUUAGGACUCUUACCCGAGAGUGGAUUGAACAAGGAUGAUUGCAACCGCCUUACUCAAUUAAGUGAGGUAUUACAUAAAAAAAAAAAACGGUGAUUUCACAUCGUCAAUGUUUCCACUUUUCUCGCAGGUGAUCACAGCAAUGCUUCAAAGACAUGUGCGUCUGUCCCUCUCCAAAUCUGCCAGAGAGGAUUUAAGCGCCGCUCAUUUUGAAUAAGUCGAGAAGUCAUUGAAGAUGAGAGCUCUGCAAACAUUCCUGUUUCUUUUCCUCCUGCACCAGGUCACAUGCAGGAAAGCGCAUGGAGGAGCCACAGAGCUCAUUGAGUGGGGCGACAGCGAUAACGAACAGAAGAUUUCUCCCACGGGGGCCAGUCCACGGAUCCUCAACCCCCUGCGUUUGUUUGCCAGGGGCUCCCCCGGGUUCAAGAGCAACAUGAGGGAAAUUACAUAUUUACAGAACAUGGAGGACUUCUGGGACUGGUUAUCUAACCAGACAGAUGUUCAGGGCGCACAGGCCAGAACUAAACGCAGGCCCAUCGUUAAGACUGGCAAGUUCAAAAAGAUGUUUGGGUGGGGAGACUUCCACUCCAACAUCAAGACUGUGAAACUCAACCUGCUGAUCACGGGGAAGAUUGUCGACCACGGGAACGGCACUUUUAGCGUUUACUUCCGCCACAACUCCACGGGCCUGGGGAACGUGUCGGUCAGCCUGGUACCGCCCUCAAAGGUAGUGGAGUUCGAAAUCGCCCAGCAGUCCACGCUGGAGACCAAAGACACCAAAUCAUUCAACUGUCGCAUUGAGUAUGAGAAGACUGACCGCAACAAGAAGACUGCCCUGUGCAGCUAUGACCCGUCCACGGUGUGCUAUCAGGAGCAAACGCAGAGCCAUGUGUCCUGGCUGUGCUCAAAACCCUUCAAAGUCAUAUGCAUCUAUAUAGCCUUUUACAGUGUUGACUAUAAACUGGUACAGAAGGUAUGCCCUGACUACAACUACCAUAGUGACACGCCCUACUCCUCCACAGGAUGAUCUAGCUGUUGUUAGUAUGCAUCAUCCUUUUGUCUGAUCUCAAAUAAUGUAAACGUCAACCUCUAAGCUCCUUGUCCCGAAAUACCUAAAUACAUGAAACAUGUUGCAGGAAGUGCAACUUAUAAUGGGACACACUCUAGAUGCAUUGUUAAAAAAACUAAAAAGAAAUGUAUGUGUAUACAGAUCUAACUUGAGAAAGUUAGGCAUCCAGGGACUUGGUUUUAGGGGUUGACUUGGGAUUCAGAGAUAUCUACCAACCCUGGGUGACUCCUUCCCAUCACAACAGCACAUGCUCUCCAUAAAACCACUGGUAUAAUUAGCGUGUUGUCCAGAUGUUUUCUUCAAGGCUAGACCAUAGGCAAAGAGCCUCCCAGUUGGAAGUGUAUAGCUGGCUUCUGUGCCAGUGCUGCAUUGAUGCCAACAUUGUCAAAAAAAACAACAUUCUCACCUCAUUUAAACAGUUCUGGAAUUAAAUAUGAGAAGACUUUAAUUCAUGUUAAUAAUUACAAUACCAAGAUGUGUGAAUGGUUGAAUAACCAAUGUGAAAUAUCAAAUUGUAUGCCUUGUUGAAUAACAAGGCAUCCAAUUUGAUAUUUCACAUUUGAAACCUUGCUGACUGAUUAGUCAGAAUGAUCUGUCAAUUGCCUUUGAAGUUGAGCUAACAUCAUUUGUACCUGUUAACAGAACCCAGGCAGGACAGUGUCUAUUAUUUCAGAUUUGCUUGAUCAAUGGGUAUUUUCUCAAGCAGCUCUGAAUAAUUUAUAUGACCGUAUAAUCUAUAUUUUAGCUGUCUUUCUCUUAUAAAGACUGGAAUAGCAAUUUAUGUGUCCAUGACUAAAUAAAUUUAUCCAACACAUCUAAGCCCCAAAACAAGCAGAGAGCAUAAUCAUAAAUCAUAACACAUAUGUAUGUAGGUACCCAUCCAUGUAUAACCUGGCUGCUGCCUUGUGUGCUCCUUAAAAUGUGUUGGUUUUCUGCUGCAAUCAUCAUAAGGCAUGUGUAUGCUAAACUAGUCUGAAAUCCAACAUCUGUGUUUGCAGGAUGCACUUUGAGGCAUCAGCCUGCCGAGCGGGCCCCGCAGUGGAUUAAUGUGUCGGGGGGGGUGUCGUUAAUUGCAGGACAGGUGGAUUUAGCGAGUCUGGCAGACAAUUAUCAGCACUUUGUCAUGGUCCUGCCACCAGUCCUGACAUUACCUGUCUUUAAUAGGCUUUAAUUAGCCUGGGAAAUUUCAUCUACCUAAGACCAAGAGUGGAGAAACCAAAAGCAAAAAAAAAAAGAAGAAAAAAUGCAAAAGUACAAAAUCCGUCUGGAAUUUUAAUGAGACGGGGGACCUACAUUUUUAAAUGUCAUACAUUCCCCAAUUGUACAGCAGGCUUAAGUUGACUGACUGUUGUGUAAAAGUGGAUAACAUCCAGUCUUGUAGUAAAUGGUGAAAUGUGCUUUAACGUAGCGAUCACUUAAACUUUUAAAAGGUUCUGUUGAAAACCAUCAAUUUGACACUUGAAUUGUCAUACAUUUUGUUGAUUGUGUUUAUCCAGGAUUUUUUUUAGACUAGGGCAUGUGCCACUGAUUAAUCACAUGGCAAUUAUUUAAUGAUUUAAUGUUACUUUAUUGCUGUUGCUGUAUCUCAUGUCUUUCCCCAGCAGCUGUAAAUGAUAUUGUCACAUUAUACACACGAGGAGAGGUGUAUAAGUAAAUUAUUAAAUCCGAGUUGAUCUAUGUUGAUGUUUUUGUUCUACUCCUUUGUGCAAAUGCUGUGUAUUAUUGUGUAACUCUUAAACUAACCCUGUUUACAGCUUUAGAGUAAACAAUGUCAAUUUAUUCAAAUUUUCCCAGAGAAAUAUGUAUCAAUAAGUAUACUGUUUACUACUUAUUUUUGGUGUUAAGCGAUAUCAUGUAGAUAGAUGUCAUAUGUAUUGCUCAUAGAUUGCUUUGAUUUCCAUUUUUGUAAUCCUUGCAGAUUGUACCUAUUUUUAUUUCCUGCUUGCUUAAUCUUGUUACAACAGUUUCCUCUAUAUAUGAAAAAAAGAGCACUGCUGUGUGUAAAGUGUAAGUACAAAUGUUCAUUUUGGAAUAUUUGAUUUCAUAUGGGGUUGUUAAAAUGAAAUUGUACAGAUCAAUUUCGUUUUGUAUGGCAUUAAACCUUAUUUGAACUUGGCUCACAGCAUAUUGCCACACUGAGUCAGCUCUAGUCUGUCGGUG